AUGGAUGCUACUAUCUCGGCUACUCGCUCUGAGGACACCUCACGUCUCAAGAGCCAAAUCGGCCAUUACGCAGCCUUCAGCACCAAGGGCCACCCAAUACAUCCGGCUAUAUACGACGGAAGUGGUUCGCGGACCCAUUUGGGUAUCAACCACCCUGUUCUAGCGCGUUUUCUCUGUCCGGUCAGGGAACUCGGGAGAUUUUCAGAGGACGCCGACAAGGCACUUAAAGACAUUCAGUGCGGCAAGGUUAACUUGACCGCAUUCGAUCUUCCCGCAUUCCUAUGGGCCGGAGACCCACCAGGUCAAGACUACGACGACGACAACAUGUUCGAGGGCAUGUUUGAUGGCUAC